AUGACGACUCUCGGAGACAUCGCCGCACUGAUGGUACAGGUGCGAAACAGAAAAGGGAACGAAAGUAUGCGACGUCGAGGCAUUUUGAGGAAAGUGAUGUUAAAAUCCUGUGCGUCCGAUGAGCAACGACUUUUGGUGGAAAACACUACCUUACUCUUACGCUUGUCUCAUGAGGGAGUCAAGGAGCCGGAGCAUUUGCUCCUCGACCCGCAUGAUAGGCGGGGUCUACAAUGCAGCGCUUGCAAAGCGUACUGUUCGGAUAAAGGAACCUCGCACUGGUCCGCUUUUCUUCCCAUGCAGAGAACGAGAGAACCAGUUUCUUCAGGAACCAUCUCGAAAGUUGGUGCAUUACAGUAUAGCACAGUACAAUACAGUACCUACCAAGGUAUCUAUCUGAUGGUACAUAACAUUUGUCUCAUUGAUACUGCUGUCAUCGAUGUUGCCAUUGAUGCUGCCAUUGACCCUGACAGGCCAGCAUCGGCCAACAACUUUAAUGACGGAGCCACAAUUGAUCGGCCUUGA